AUGAACUUUGCUAGGAUAGUUGUAGCGAGCGGCACUUGUCGCGGGGUUUCGUCCGGGCCGCAGUCUGUGUUUGAGUGUACAGCCAGGAUACCAAAACAUUGUCAGAAGCAGGUUACAAGGACUUUUAGAGCGCACUCCCAGAAAACAUGGACGCCGCCAGCAGCUCAGAGCCUUAUGCUGCAGUAUUUUCAAAGAGCACCCGCACAGAACAAUCGGAACACAAGAGACUACACAAGCAUGACGACAUCGUCAGCAGCUGAUGUCAGCGUGUUUGCAGAUGGCGCCGUCUCGUCCCCGACUCUCGACCGCGUGGAAUUGUUACGGGCGGAGAUGCGACGGGUGCUCCAAGUCCUUCCCGCAAUCACCGCAGCUCUUGGCCCCAACCCCCCCCCCAAGCUCACGCAAUUCGCCGCGUCAAAGCAAUUGAAGUUGCAGCUGCCGAACAAUCAGCUUGUAGAUAAAUAUCGAGAAAGCGAGGUCGGGAUUUUCCCCCACCUCCGGAAUCAGAUCGAGACGGUCGAGAAAAUUCUGUCGACGCCGGACCAUAGCGCAGACGCGCGGAGGGUCGCUUCCUUUUCGGGGGGGACUCCCGGCUGGGACGGGGCGGGGGGGGAGGAGAAGCAGAGAUUCGCGUCGAUGUCGGGGUUUGCAUAUCCUGUCCGCUCGCCCACUAUUCCUGCAGAGACGGACGAAGCGUCACCCAUUUCGGACGUCACUCGGAUCUUGAAAAAGGACAGCCGGUCAAUCGAAGUCGUCCCUUCUAGAAGAGGUUUCGCUGAGGGGGGCUUAGGCAGCUCUCCGGGGGGGUCGCAGCAAGCGGUGGACGAGGGGGGAGAGACGGAGGCGUCGACCAAACUGAGGGGGGGCUGGGCUCAGCUGGCGGUUUUUUUGACAAACCGACGGCAGCAAGUCGUCGUUCUGCUGCUGUGGCUGGCGGCGAACUGCGCACUGUUUGUGUACAAGUAUCUGGCGUACAUGGACGAGCCAGAGUACAAAAUCACGGGCCCGUGCAUUUGCGUGGCCAAAGGCGCAGCGGAGGCGAUUAAGCUGAACAUGGCGCUCAUUCUGCUCCCCGUGUCCCGGUUCUCGAGCACGGUCCUCCGGGACCGCUUCGGCCGCUUCUUCCCCUUCGACUACGCCAUCAUGUUUCAUCAGUUCCUAGCGUUCGCCAUCCUAGUUUUCACCCUCCUCCACGUGGCGCUCCACCUCACGUGCGACUACCCGCGCAUGGCCGCCGCAAACCAUCAGGUGUUUCUGGACCUUUUGGGCGACCAGUUUGAUGGGAAACAGCCCAACUACUGGGGCUUUUUGGGGACCCGGACCGCCGUACUGGGCUUCAUCACUCUGGGGCUGAUGUUCAUCUCCUUUCCACUGGCGCUGCCCAUGUUGAGAAAGGCUUCGUCGCUCCAAAGCUCGUUUCUGCGGCACUUGACCGGCUUCAACGCGUUCUGGUACAGCCAUAUGCUGCUGCUCCUUAUGUUCCCUCUCCUCAUAUUCCACGGGUCGAGGCGGCCCAUCGGACACUACCCUACAACCUCGACGUGGUUGUGGAUCGUGGCGCCUAUGGUCAUAUACGCGGUCGACCGUGUCAUACGAGUUCCCCGCGCGCGGUGUAAAACCAAACAAGUCGACUGCACAAAGGCGGAGAUGUUCCCCGGUGGCGUGCUCGGCUUGACCAUGACCAAGCCCCCGGGGUUCAACUACCGGGCGGGCCAGUACCUCUUUCUGCAGUGCCCACAGGUGUCGGCCUUCGAGUGGCAUCCCUACAGCAUCACAUCCGCACCGUCCGAUGAUUUUCUGCGAGUCCACAUCAGAGCGGUCGGCGACUGGACCAAUCGGCUCCACCAGAUCUUCGCAGAGGCUAUAGAAAAAGAGCCUUUCGCCGGAAAGGAGGCUUCCGCCGGAAAGGAGUCCGAUCUGGAAGCCGGAACGCCCUCUCCAACCGCAUAUCCUCGACUGCUCAUCGACGGUCCAUUUGGCGCGCCCGCUCAGGACUUCCACAAGUUCAAAGUGGUGAUGCUGAUUGGCGCGGGGAUCGGGCUGACUCCCUUCGCGAGCGUAAUGCGCGAGUGUCACCACCAGAUGGAGCGCAAUGCGCGGCAGGCACUCAUAUCGCCAAGCUCCACAGAAAAGACUGUCAGGACCCAGACUCCCCCUGGGCCGUCCGACGACAAUCAACGGUCGGCGCGGCUCGCGCGCGUUGAGAAGGUGUAUCUCUACUGGGCGACAAAGGAUCGCGCGGGGCUGACGUGGUUCCGCCGACACCUCAGCGACUUCUUGGGCCGCACCGGAGUGAGCCCUGCGCAGUCUAUGGUGGAACUCAACAGUUACUUGACGCAGCAAGGCAAGGUCGACGAGACCAGGAUCACGCCGGCUGGCUCGAUGGAGAGCACGAUACAGGAAGUGCACGACGAUGAUGUAGAUGUACAGAUGGGUACUAAUCUGGGUCGGCCAGACUGGGACAAGGUAUUUGCACGCGCUCGAAGACGGCACCCUAACACGAGGAUCGGCGUCUUCUUUUGCGGCCCCCGAACGCUGAGCAACAAGCUCUGCCAGCUGUGUUGCAAGUACACGGGAGAGAGUACGCACUUUGAAUACUUUAAGGAAAACUUCUGAGCGGCAGCAAGCUUUCGCUCUCAUGCGGACCACAAGACCCGGAAGACGAAGCAACUAAUCGCGACGUGUUGACCAUCCCUUGUGCCUCUCAGCGCCAUGGUCAUUGGUUCGCUUUGCCGAGACAAGAUUGUCUUGUGAGUUGUUCUGGCUUUGAGCUAGCAAGGUUACAUGUAGUUUGUAGAUGAACCUUAUUGAUUGAUCAUUGCACUGCGCCAGUCGUAGGUUGACACUUUAAUGUAGCUAGGUUUAGGAUAGAUUUAACCCGCUGAACUCGACACAACGUCACUUCCAGCGGAAGCGAAAAUUGCAUCCGGACAAGGGCACCACUAAUCUCAUUCAAGAAGGUAAUAGCUAGCAAAAACGAAAACACGAGUAGGGCUGCAGUUCUGCAUUCCCUCCGAUCGACAUUACGCAAGGCCCAACAAUCCCCGAUCACUGCUGUUCC